GGGUGAUUGUGGGGGAAGAAAGACUGAGCUGAGAGCUUUGACGCGGGAGGAGGGCUCUACCUCCCGUCGACCGUCGCUCCCCCGCGGUGGGCGCGCGCGCUGGCCCGCUCCCUUGCUGCACGCUCCCGGCUCGCGCGUUCCCCCCGGUGCCUUCCCCCGCCUCACACGCACCCUUGCCCUCCCGCAUUUGUGCGCCGGUGCAGCAGGCAGUGGGAACAUCCGGGCAUUUCCGCAGCUGAGCGGCGACCCGGGCGGCGGCGGCGGUCGAGGAGCUCCCAUGGCAGGGACGAGGCAGAGAGAAGGCGAAAGGGGGGCGAGGAGUUAAGCCAGAGCCUCUGCAGGGCGGGUUUCCGAGGGAGGCACAGAGGGAAACGGCUCUCGCAGCCGGAGGAGGGCCGGGCGCGGGGCUCGUCGCCCCUCUCGCGCAUUCUGUCCAGCCCGGGCUCCGGAGAUGCAUCUGCAUCAGGUCCUCACCGGGGCUGUCAACCCUGGAGACAACUGCUACUCCGUGGGCAGCGUCGGGGAUGUCCCCUUCACGGCAUAUGGAUCAGGCUGUGAUAUUGUUAUUUUGGCAAAUGACUUUGAAUGUGUACAGAUCAUUCCUGGUGCUAAGCAUGGAAACAUCCAAGUCAGCUGUGUGGAGUGUUCUAACCAACAAGGAAGAAUUGCAGCUUCAUAUGGUAAUGCUGUUUGUAUAUUUGAGCCCUUGGGCAUAAAUUCUCAUAAAAGAAAUUGUCAACUCAAGUGCCAGUGGCUUAAAACUGGGCAGUUUUUUUUGAGUUCUGUGACAUACAACUUAGCAUGGGAUCCUCAAGAUAAUAGAUUGUUGACAGCAACUGAUUCUAUUCAGUUGUGGGCUCCUCCAGGAGAUGAUAUUCUGGAAGAGGAGGAAGAAAUUGAUAAUACAAUUCCUCCUGUUUUAAAUGAUUGGAAGUGUGUCUGGCAGUGCAAAACCUCAGUAUCUGUACAUUUGAUGGAAUGGUCUCCUGAUGGUGAAUAUUUUGCUACUGCUGGAAAGGAUGAUUGUCUUUUGAAAGUGUGGUAUCCUAUGACUGGUUGGAAGUCUUCAAUUAUACCUCAGGAUCAUCAUGAAGUAAAAAGGAGACAGUCCUCUACUCAAUUUUCUUUUGUUUACUUGGCACAUCCCCGAGCCGUGACAGGUUUUUCAUGGCGCAAAACUAGCAAGUAUAUGCCCAGGGGUUCUGUCUGUAAUGUGUUAUUAACUUCAUGUCAUGAUGGUGUGUGCCGGCUCUGGGCAGAAACUUUAUUACCAGAAGACUGUCUUUUGGGUGAGCAGAUUUGUGAGACUACCACUUCCAGCAUUGCCAGCAACCUUUCUCAUGCUGGAAGACACAAAGACAGAAUACAGCAUGCUCUUGAGACAAUACACCAUUUGAAAAAUUUAAGGAAAGGACAGAGGAGGUCAUCUGUUCUUGUAACUCAUGCUGAAUUAAUGCCCGACCAGACAGCAAUGCAUGAAGUUCAAAGACACAUUUCCCACCAUGCAAAUGCACUCUGUCAUUUUCAUAUUGCAGCAAGCAUCAACCCUGCCACAGAUAUUCCAAAUGUCUUGGUUGGCACUGCAUUUAAUGUUGAUGAUGGAAAUGGGGGCUUUGUAGUUCAUUGGUUAAACAACAAGGAAUUUCAUUUUACAUCAUCUACAGAAAUAUUUAUGCAUCAAUUACGAAAACUUUCUGAUAAGCAGGUAGAUCAUGAAAAUGAUGAUGCAGAUAGAGAAGACGAGGAACAUUCACAGGAGGAUAGAGAACGGGGUUUACAUAUGAAAUUAGACCAUGAUUUAUCCCUGGAUAGAGAAUCUGAGGCAGGUACAGGAUCAUCAGAACAUGAAGAUGGAGAAAGAGAAGGAAGUCCUAGAACUUAUUCACGACUUAGUGUACCAAUGCCACUGCCUACGGUUCUGCUUGAUCGGAAGAUUGAAACACUGCUAACUGAAUGGAAUAAGAAUCCUGAUAUGCUUUUUACAAUACACCCUGUAGAUGGUACCUUUCUAGUGUGGCAUGUAAAGUAUUUGGAUGAAUAUAAUCCUGGAAUAUUUAGACAAGUUCAGGUUUCUUUUUCUUCUCGGAUUCCUGUUGCAUUUCCGUCUGGUGAUGCAAGCUCUCUUAGUAAAAAUAUCAUGAUGUAUGCCUGUAUAAAUGCGACAAAAGAUUCUCACCACACGCUGUUAGACCAGGAGGGGAUGUCUGUAGGCAGUCCUCACGGAUCACAGCCACACUCUAGAUCACACAGUACAAAUAUGAACAUCUUAGCUCCCACAGUAAUGAUGAUCUCUAAACACAUAGAUGGUUCUUUAAAUCAGUGGGCAGUCACUUUUGCUGAUAAGUCUGCCUUUACCACUGUUCUAACUGUAUCUCACAAAUUUAGAUAUUGCGGUCAUCGAUUUCACCUCAAUGACCUGGCAUGUCAUUCAGUUUUACCACUGUUAUUGACAUCCUCUCAUCAUAAUGCUCUAUUGACUCCUGAAUCAGAUUGUCAGUGGGACUCAGACAAUAAAUUAAGUAGAUUAAUGGACCCUGUAAAACAUAUAAAAGGUUCCUCGAAACAACCUCUUAGAAAUGCAGCAACUCGUACAUUUCAUGACCCAAAUGCAAUCUACAGUGAACUUAUUCUGUGGCGUGUAGACCCAAUAGGACCUUUGUCAUACACUGGAGGAGUAUCAGAAUUGGCUCGAAUUAACUCUUUACAUACCUCGGCGUUCUCUAAUGUGGCUUGGCUUCCAACUCUCAUUCCCAGUUACUGUCUAGGCACAUAUUGCAAUUCUGCAAGUGCUUGCUUUGUUGCUUCUGAUGGCAAAAAUCUGAGACUCUAUCAAGCUGUAGUGGAUGCAAGGAAAUUAUUGGAUGAAUUGUCAGACCCAGAAUCUUCAAAACUUAUUGGAGAAGUGUUUAAUAUUGUGAGCCAACAGUCUACUGCUCGACCUGGCUGCAUUAUUGAACUCGAUGCAAUAACCAACCAAUGUGGCUCAAAUACACAGUUGCUUCAUGUGUUUCAAGAAGACUUCAUUAUAGGUUAUAAACCACAUAAGGAAGAUAUGGAGAAAAAGGAAACAGAAAUAUUUUUUCAGCCAUCACAAGGAUACCGCCCACCACCAUUUUCAGAAAAGUUCUUUCUAGUAGUAAUUGAGAAGGACAGCAAUAAUAACUCUAUUCUGCAUAUGUGGCACCUUCAUCUUAAAUCUGUACAAGCAUGUUUAGCUAAAUCUUCAGAAGGGGCUUCCUCUGAGAGUCUACUUUCAGUCCCUGGACAGAAGAAUGUAGAUUCUUCUCCAGAAACCUCUCCUAGUGUGAGCCCCAUGCCACAUUCUUCAUCAAUUGCCAAUCUUCAAACUGCCAGUAAACUUAUUCUGAGUUCUAGACUGGUGUAUAGCCAACCCCUUGAUCUCCCAGAAUCAGUUGAAGUAAUAAGAGCAACGCCUUCAGCAGGCCAUCUGAGUUCUUCUUCAAUUUAUCCAGUGUGCCUUGCACCUUAUUUAGUGGUUACAACUUGUUCUGACAAUAAAGUACGCUUCUGGAAAUGUUGUAUGGAAGCCAACCCAGAGUGUAAUAAAAGUGAUGAGAAAGAAAUUUAUCAUUGGAAGAGAUGGCCUUUGAUGAAUGAUGAAGGAGAAGAUAAUAGCAGUACAGUGAGCAUUGUGGGAAGACCAGUUGCUGUUAGCUGUUCAUACACAGGUCGCCUUGCAGUGGCUUAUAAACAACCUAUCCACCAUAAUGGUUUUGUUUCUAAAGAAUUUUCCAUGCAUGUUUGUAUAUUUGAAUGUGAAUCUACAGGAGGAUCAGAGUGGGUUUUAGAACAAACAAUUCAUCUUGAUGAUUUGGUUAAGGUUGGGAGUGUACUUGAUUCAAGGGUCAGCGUCGAUAGUAAUCUGUUUGUAUAUAGCAAGUCAGAUGCACUCUUGAGCAAGGAUAGAUAUCUUAUUCCGAAUAUCAAACAUUUAGUACAUUUGGACUGGGUAUCAAAAGAAGAUGGCUCCCACAUUCUUACAGUGGGGGUCGGUGCAAAUAUCUUCAUGUAUGGAAGGCUUUCAGGAAUUGUGACUGAGCAAACCAACAGUAAGGAUGGAGUAGCUGUCAUUACUUUACCACUAGGUGGUAGUAUCAAGCAAGGAGUUAGGUCAAGAUGGGUUCUUCUUAGAUCUAUAGACUUGGUAUCUUCUGUUGAUGGUACUCCUUCACUGCCUGUUUCUCUCUCUUGGGUAAGAGAUGGGAUAUUGGUGGUAGGAAUGGAUUGUGAAAUGCAUGUAUAUGCACAGUGGAAGCAUGCUGUCAAAUUUGGAGACACUGAAGCUGAUAGUCCUAAUGCAGAAGAGGCAGCAAUGCAAGAUCAUUCGACCUUUAAAUCUAAUAUGCUGGCAAGAAAAAGUAUUGUUGAAGGAACAGCUAUUUCUGAUGAUGUUUUUUGUUCACCAACUGUAAUUCAAGAUGGUGGCUUAUUUGAGGCUGCACAUGUACUUUCCCCUACUCUUCCACAAUAUCAUCCAACUCAGCUGUUAGAAUUGAUGGAUUUAGGGAAAGUGCGAAGGGCUAAAGCCAUUCUCUCUCAUUUAGUAAAAUGUAUUGCAGGUGAAGUAGCAAUAGUUAGAGAUGCUGAUGCUGGAGAAGGAACUAAGCGACAUCUCUCUCGAACUAUUAGUGUAAGUGGCAGUACAGCAAAGGAAACAGUCACCGUGGGAAAAGAUGGUACUCGAGAUUAUACUGAGAUAGAUUCUAUCCCUCCACUACCACUAUAUGCAUUACUUGCUGCAGAUCAAGAUACAUCCUACAGAAUUUCAGAAGAAAGUACAAAGAUACCACAGAGCUAUGAAGAUCAGACAGUAAGUCAGCCAGAGGAUCAGUAUUCAGAGCUGUUUCAAAUCCAGGAUAUAACAACAGAUGAUAUUGAUUUAGAGCCUGAAAAGAGAGAAAACAAAUCAAAAGUAAUAAAUCUUUCUCAAUAUGGACCAGCUUACUUUGGCCAAGAACAUGCAAGGGUACUUUCAAGUCAUCUUAUGCACUCAAGUCUACCAGGCCUUACCCGUUUGGAGCAGAUGUUCCUUGUAGCUUUGGCUGAUACAGUGGCUACUACCAGUACUGAGCUUGAUGAAAGCAGAGAUAAGAGUUGCUCAGGGACUAGGUCUCCUUACGUUGCCCCGGCUAGUCUCGAACUCCUGAGCUCAAGCAGUCCUCCUGCCUUGGCCUCCCACAGUGCUGGGAUUAUAGGAAGAGAUACAUUAGAUGAGUGUGGUUUGAGAUACUUGUUAGCUAUGCGCCUACACACUUGCCUUUUGACAUCGCUGCCUCCUUUAUACCGAGUGCAGCUACUUCAUCAAGGUGUCUCUACAUGCCAUUUUGCCUGGGCUUUUCAUUCUGAGGCUGAAGAAGAACUGAUUAAUAUGAUUCCAGCAAUUCAGAGAGGGGACCCCCAGUGGUCUGAAUUAAGAGCUAUGGGAAUAGGGUGGUGGGUGAGGAACAUUAACACGCUUCGACGAUGCAUUGAAAAGGUUGCCAAAGCUUCUUUUCAAAGGAACAAUGAUGCCUUAGAUGCUGCACUAUUCUACCUUUCAAUGAAGAAGAAAGCAGUAGUGUGGGGUCUGUUUAGGUCACAGCAUGAUGAAAAAAUGACAACAUUUUUCAGCCACAACUUUAAUGAAGAUAGAUGGCGAAAAGCUGCUUUGAAAAAUGCUUUUUCCUUACUUGGAAAACAACGCUUUGAACAAUCGGCUGCUUUUUUCUUGCUAGCUGGUUCAUUGAAAGAUGCCAUAGAGGUAUGUCUUGAAAAAAUGGAAGAUAUUCAGCUAGCCAUGGUUAUUGCCCGUUUAUAUGAAUCUGAAUUUGAGACGUCAUCCACUUAUAUAUCCAUCCUAAAUCAGAAGAUUUUGGGUUGCCAAAAGGAUGGCUCAGGAUUCAGUUGCAAAAGAUUACAUCCCGAUCCUUUCCUGCGUAGUCUUGCCUAUUGGGUAAUGAAAGAUUACACCCGAGCCUUGGACACAUUACUGGAACAAACACCAAAGGAGGAUGAUGAACAUCAAGUUAUCAUCAAGUCUUGUAACCCAGUGGCAUUUAGUUUUUAUAACUACCUUCGAACGCAUCCUUUGCUCAUUCGAAGAAAUCUUGCCUCCCCUGAAGGAACUUUGGCAACCUUAGGUCUCAAAACUGAGAAGAACUUUGUUGAUAAAAUUAACCUCAUAGAAAGAAAAUUAUUCUUUACCACUGCAAAUGCUCAUUUUAAAGUUGGAUGCCCUGUUUUAGCCUUGGAGGUACUCUCCAAAAUUCCAAAAGUAACCAAAACAUCUGCCUUAUCUGCAAAAAAAGAUCAGCCUGACUUCAUUUCUCACAAGAUGGAUGAUGUACCUUCACAUUCAAAAGCUCUGAGUGAUGGCAAUGGAAGUUCUGGCAUUGAAUGGUCAAAUGUAACUUCAUCACAGUAUGACUGGAGUCAGCCAAUAGUAAAAGUUGAUGAGGAACCUCUUAAACUUGAUUGGGGUGAAGAUCACGGCAGUGCCUUAGGUGAAGAGGAAGGCGAUGCUGUUGGUUUAGUGAUGAAAAGUACAGAUGCCAGGGAAAAAGAUAAACAAUCAGAUCAGAAGGCCUCAGACCCUAACAUGUUAUUAACACCUCAGGAAGAGGAUGAUCCUGAAGGUGAUACUGAAGUUGAUGUGAUUGCUGAACAACUAAAAUUCAGAGCUUGUUUAAAGAUCCUUAUGACUGAAUUAAGAACAUUGGCUACAGGUUAUGAAGUAGAUGGAGGAAAACUCAGAUUUCAACUCUAUAACUGGCUUGAAAAGGAAAUUGCUGCCUUGCAUGAGAUAUGUAAUCAUGAAUCAGUUAUUAAAGAGUAUUCCAGUAAGACAUAUUCCAAAGUAGAGAGUGAUCUACUGGAUCAGGAAGAAAUGGUAGACAAACCAGAUAUUGGUUCCUAUGAGCGCCAUCAAAUAGAAAGAAGAAGAUUGCAGGCCAAACGAGAGCAUGCAGAAAGACGAAAGUCAUGGUUGCAGAAAAACCAAGAUCUCCUGAGAGUAUUUCUCAGCUACUGUAGCCUUCAUGGGGCCCAAGGUGGUGGUUUGGCUUCAGUAAGGAUGGAACUCAAAUUUUUGCUACAAGAAUCACAACAGGAAACUACAGUAAAGCAGCUCCAGUCUCCACUACCACUGCCUACCACCCUACCUCUGCUUUCAGCAAGUAUUGCAUCAACAAAAACAGUCAUAGCUAAUCCUGUAUUGUACUUAAAUAAUCACAUCCAUGAUAUACUUUAUACUAUUGUUCAGAUGAAAACACCACCUCAUCCCAGUAUUGAAGAUGUGAAGGUGCACACACUUCAUUCACUAGCAGCAUCACUUUCUGCAUCAAUUUACCAAGCAUUAUGUGACAGUCAUAGCUACAGCAGUCAAACAGAAGGAAAUCAGUUUACAGGAAUGGCUUAUCAAGGACUUCUUUUAAGUGAUCGUAGAAGACUAAGGACAGAAAGCAUUGAAGAACACGCAACACCAAAUUCAUCUCCUGCUCAGUGGCCUGGUGUGAGCUCACUUAUUAAUCUCUUGAGUUCAGCCCAAGAUGAAGACCAGCCAAAACUGAACAUUUUGCUAUGUGAAGCUGUUGUUGCUGUUUACUUAAGUUUAUUGAUACAUGCUCUUGCCACAAAUUCCUCCAGUGAAUUAUUUCGGCUUGCAGCCCACCCAUUAAAUAAUCGAAUGUGGGCUGCUGUUUUUGGAGGCGGUGUAAAACUUGUUGUGAAACCUCGAAGACAAUCAGAAAAUAUUUCAGCACCUCCUGUCCUUUCUGAAGACAUAGAUAAACACCGUAGGAGAUUUAACAUGAGAAUGCUCGUCCCUGGAAGGCCUGUAAAAGAUGCUACCCCCCCACCGGUGCCUGUAGAAAGACCAUCUUACAAAGAAAAAUUUAUUCCUCCCGAACUUAGUAUGUGGGAUUAUUUUGUUGCAAAGCCAUUUCUUCCUUUGUCUGAUAGUGGUGUUAUAUAUGAUUCUGAUGAAAGCAUUCAUAGUGAUGAAGAAGAUGAUGCCUUUUUUUCAGAUACACAAAUACAGGAGCACCAAGAUCCAAACUCCUAUAGCUGGGCUCUUCUACAUUUGACGAUGGUUAAACUAGCACUUCACAAUGUCAAGAAUUUCUUCCCUAUUGCUGGACUGGAAUUCUCUGAGCUGCCUGUAACAUCACCAUUAGGUAUUGCUGUGAUUAAAAACUUGGAGAACUGGGAACAGAUCUUGCAAGAGAAAAUGGAUCAGUUUGAAGGUCCACCCCCUAACUAUAUCAACACAUAUCCAACUGACCUUUCAGUGGGAGCUGGACCAGCUAUUCUUCGAAAUAAAGCAAUGCUAGAACCUGAAAAUACCCCGUUCAAGUCCCGGGAUUCUUCUGCAUUUCCAGUCAAACGACUUUGGCAUUUCCUUGUUAAACAAGAAGUCCUUCAAGAGACAUUUAUUAGAUAUAUUUUCACUAAGAAAAGAAAGCAGAGUGAGUCUAUAGAAGAACAUGUGGAGCAGGUCAACCAAAACUGCGUAGCAGAAGAUUGCCACAUCAAGGUUGAAGCUGACCUGGGCUAUCCAGGUGGAAAGGCGAAAGUCAUUCAUAAAGAAUCUGAUAUGAUCAUGGCAUUUUCUGUUAAUAAGGCAAAUUGUAAUGAAAUUGUUUUGGCUUCAACACAUGAUGUUCAAGAACUUGAUGUUACUUCUCUACUGGCCUGUCAGUCAUACAUAUGGAUCGGAGAAGAAUAUGACAGAGAAUCCAAAAGUUCAGAUGAUGUUGAUUAUCGUGGUUCCACUACAACUCUUUAUCAACCCAGUGCAACAUCCUAUUCAACAAGUCAGGUGCAUCCACCUUCAUCUCUGCCAUGGCUGGGCAGUGGACAGACUAGCACUGGAGCUAGUGUGCUUAUGAAAAGGAAUCUACAUAAUGUUAAGAGAAUGACUUCACACCCAGUCCAUCAAUACUAUCUUACAGGUGCUCAGGACGGCAGUGUACGAAUGUUUGAAUGGACGCGGCCUCAGCAACUUGUCUGCUUUCGUCAAGCUGGCAAUGCAAGAGUUACUAGAUUAUAUUUUAAUUCACAAGGCAACAAGUGUGGUGUUGCGGAUGGAGAGGGUUUUCUGAGUAUCUGGCAAGUUAACCAAACUGCAUCAAAUCCUAAACCUUAUAUGAGUUGGCAGUGCCACAGUAAAGCCACAAGUGACUUUGCAUUUAUUACCUCUUCAAGUCUAGUUGCCACAUCUGGACACUCCAAUGACAAUAGAAAUGUUUGCCUCUGGGACACAUUAAUAUCACCCGGAAACAGCCUCAUUCAUGGUUUCACGUGCCAUGAUCAUGGUGCCACGGUACUUCAGUAUGCACCCAAACAGCAACUCCUAAUCUCGGGGGGUAGGAAAGGACACGUCUGCAUUUUUGACAUCAGGCAAAGGCAGCUCAUUCACACGUUCCAGGCCCAUGACUCAGCUAUUAAGGCUCUGGCCCUGGAUCCCUAUGAGGAAUAUUUUACCACAGGUUCAGCAGAAGGUAACAUAAAGGUUUGGAGAUUGACAGGCCAUGGCCUAAUUCAUUCAUUUAAAAGUGAACAUGCUAAGCAGUCCAUAUUUCGAAACAUUGGGGCUGGAGUCACGCAGAUCGACAUCAUCCAGGGCAAUCGGAUCUUCUCCUGUGGUGCAGAUGGCACGCUGAAAACCAGGGUUUUGCCCAAUGCUUUUAACAUCCCUAACAGAAUUCUUGACAUUCUAUAGACUUUAAGAUUGGGGUUUUAUUUUUAUAUACAUUUCAGUUAAAAGGCACACUACAGUCAUCACUAGGCAAUUCUGCUUUCUAAGCAGUUAACAUAUUGAAAACAGAGAAUCUCUGUGUAGAAUUUGAAUAUGACCCAAGCUGAGUAUUAUCUAUACAGGUUGGUGGAAUGAAUGCGCAUGUACCUUAUUAUGCUGACAUACUAAAAAAAAAAUAAAACCUAGUAUUGUAUGAAGGAUAGCUAUUCUUAACAGCAUUUAGCAAACCUGAUUCAGAAAACAUUUGAGAUUAGCAAAUUAGUAACUUGAAAUAAUGAAAAGGACGUUUAUACCAAAUUAAGGAAGAAAAUGUUGCUGAUUUGGGUUUUUCUUCCUGUUCUUACCACUGACUGAAGCAUGCCUGCAGUCUCCUCCUCUGUUGAAUGAAGGAUAAUCAUAAGGUUAAUUAGGAGCGCUAGACCACCUGGAAAACUUUCUUAGCUGUGGAGCAGUGUGCAGUGACCAGUUCUCUGCUGUGAGAGGUCAUUUCCAUUCUUUCCUGCUGAAUAUUUUUCCUGUUAGUGUUUAUACUGAGCUAGUACUGUAACUUGCAAAUGAGUGCAAAUUUAAAUGCAAUGUUUUACUCACAAUUUGCACAUUCACAUUUUUUGGACUGCUAGUUUUUCUAUUUAAAUAUUUGCCUUCAUGUUAGGAAUGUACUGUGUGAACAUGACAUAUUUGUAGUUAACCAAACACACCUUCUUAGUCCAGUUUAGUACUUUUUCUUUUUGUGUAUUCAAGGUUAAACAAACAAACACCCACAACAUUUAAGGAUAUGUUGAAACUACACCAAUAGAGCAUUUCAUAUCAUAAUUAAAAUGAAUGUUAGGCUUCUUGUGGCCAGUUAAUAGUUGAUGAGGUUGGUGAUAUUAUUUAUUGCCACAGCCUAUUGUAUAAACUAUGCAGAGUUAAAUAUUUGCUUGUAAAAUAUUAGCCAAUGUUGUCAUUAUUUUGAUGUAUUUCCUUGGUUAUGACCAAAAAUAUGUUGAGAUACUGAAACUAAUGUCUGUGUGUUUAAAUGUUUACCAGCAAAUUGUCUUAUCAUGAGAAUGUUCAAUGCUUGUGUGGUAAAUAGUAAAUACAAUGGCAUAAAAGUAACUUUCUCUGCAGAUGUGAUGUUCAGGCUGUGAAAUAUGUAUGUAAAAGAAAAAUAAAUGUUACUUGUUAGAGUUUUA